CACACAGGGGUGGGGGGUGUUACAGAGAAGUGUGUGUUUAGUGGAAAAUCUUCUGCUCCAAGAUGUUGACUGGUGGUCUUUUACUGUUUCUACUGUUUCUACUGUGUGCAUAAUAAAACCCCCCUCUCACUUCCUCCCACUACAGUCACUGUUUGUUCACUUAUUGAACAGACGAGUCCUCCUGCAUCUCCUGUACCAAACCUGGAGACUAUAAUUUGCUAAAUGAUGGCAGGUGUCACACGGAUCCUCACUUUACUUUGUGUUGCAGGAUGCCACCUGUCUUCAGCCUCACCUGUUCUCCGCUCUGCCCUGGUGGUCCAGGCGGGGCAGAAUGUCUCGCUCACCUGUAACCUGACGUUCUGCGUGGACAUCACCUGGUACCGUCUGCACUCAGAUCAGCUGCUGCCUCUGCUGACGGUGACGUUGUCUAAACUGAAAGAGGUCCUUGUGAUCUAUCAAACCGCAGACGGACGCUUCAGCCACCGGGGCAACGUGGCGGGAGGCCCGGUGGCUCUGGAGAUCCAGGAGGUGGAGGAGGAGGACGCCGGGCUCUACUUCUGCACCGGACACUGUGCUGGAGCUCUUAGUGUUAACAGAGGAAUUCAGCUGGUGGUUGAUGGCGUUGACGGGGAGUCAGCCAGGCUGCCAUGUUGGACUCUGGGGAUCUGUGUCCUUCCAGCUGUCUUCGUCCUCUGUCUCGUCUUCAUCGUUGGAAUCUGCCUGCGCUCAGGUAAACCAACUGUUUGCUGCUGUAAUCCGGAGAGAAGCAGCACAAGUCAGAGGGUCACAGAGGAAGUGUCUUUGCACUAUUCCAGUCUGAAGCAUGCAGACAAGCCCCGCCCCUCCGGCCGAGGAGGAACAGGAUUGGUCGAGAACGACGUCACUUACGCGGCAGUGACCAAUCGCAAGAUCCCAAACUGCUCACAUGACCACAGAUAGAACGGCUCUUUGCUGUUGUAGUCAUUUAAUGGCACAAAAAAAACUUGAAUGUAAGAGAUUUUAUAAACUUGGCUAUUCAAAAAUGACUGUUUUUACUUUCUGCUCUUUAAACAAGUCAAUAAUGACUUUAAAUACAAGUUUCUAUAAAUGAUCUCUCUCUAAAGUAAGUUUCAGAAACCAUCUUUCCCCCCAAAAAUGUGUAAUUUUUCUUUAACUGUGAUAUUUUAAGCUAUUUCACUGAUCUUUUUUCAUAUUAAAUGUGUGAAAUGUGUAGAAAAAAUGUUUCAGAUUUAUAUUUUGCUUUCUUACUGCUGUAACGCUGUUACUGCCAGUUAAUUGCACAUAAUGAAAGAAAGUUUAUUUGUUUAAAUGCUGUAGCAUCCACUGUGAUGUGUGUCUCACUGUUGUUCUUAUGUAUCUGUCAACACUUUGUUUUUUAAUUCUAAAUAAAUAU